GUGUGAAGUAGGCGGUAUCGUACGAGAAGCCUUCUCCCGAUAGUUAAACUGGUCGGCAAAUACACCUAAUUUCACCAGUGGUCAAGUGCAGGAUUUUUUUUUUUGGGUGUAGUGUCGAGAGUUGCGGAGAAGUGCACAACUACUAGCCGAGUGCUUGGUUAUGGACGUUUAAAAUUAUAAUAUCUCAAGUCGCCUAGCAACAACAUGACUCUCGUGUUAAACUGCGGUGUUUUGGUGCUAGUUUGCAUUUUCACCCUUUCGUGCGGGCUUUUGGACGGUGCUGUUAUCGAGGGCUCGGUGCCGGACCCCUCCGCUCUGCACCGCUACAAUAAAGUUAACAAACGGAGCACGGAGCUUGGAGAUACCUGUAACGACUGGAGAGGGUUUGAAGCCAGGCUCACUAACAACACGCACCCGUUUCCGUUCUUCGACUUGAGUGGCUCGGUGUCGCUGGCCUGGGUGGGCGAUGGGACUGGAGUAGUCCUGGCAUUGACUACGUUCCAGGUGCCUUUACUGCUAGUGAAAUUUGGCCAGUCCAAACUCUACAGAAGUGAGAAUUACGGGAAGUCGUUCUCGGAUGUCAGCGGCCUCAUUAACAACACCUUCAUCCGGACCGAGUUCGGGAUCGCCAUCGGCCCGGAGAACUCCGGCAAGGUGAUCCUCACGGGAGAUGUGUCGGGAGGGAGCGCAGGAGGCAGGAUUUUCCGGUCUCUGGAUUUCGGGAACAGAUUUUCCCGUACGGAUCUGCCUUUCCACCCCCUGACGCAGAUAACCUACAACCCCAGGAACGCCAGUCAGCUGCUGGUCCUCGGCAUCAACUAUGCCCUGUGGCUCUCCCUCGACUUUGGGGAGACCUGGAAAAUGAUGCACGACACUGUCUGCCUUGUGAAAUGGGGUCCUAAGAACACAAUCUUCUUCACCACCUACCCCAACGGAUCAUGCAUCGAUCGGGGGAUGCUGGAGCUCAGGAAGACGUCCGAUUUUGGGAGGUCCUUCCGGACGAUCGGCACCAAGAUCUACUCCUUCGGUCUGGGUGGCAAAUUUAUCUUCGCGUCCGUCAUGACUGGAUCGGGCACUGUACGGGUGAUCCACGUGUCUGUGGACCAGGGGGAGUCGUGGAACAUGGCCCAGCUCCCCCCUGUGGGCCACGAGCAGUUCUACUCCAUCCUGGCAGCCAAUGACGACAUGGUGUUCAUGCACGUGGACGAGCCAGGGGACACCGGUUUUGGCACGAUCUUCGUCUCGGACGAUCGAGGAAUCGUUUACUCCAAGUCCCUGGAGAGACACCUUUACACGAUGACGAGCGGGGACACGGACUUCACCAACGUGACCUCUCUGCGGGGGGUCUACAUGACCAGCGUCCUGGCUGAAGACGGCUCGGUGCAGACGGUCAUCACGUUUGACCAGGGAGGAGAGUGGAAGCCCAUUCGAAAGCCAGAGAACAGCCAGUGCGACUCCACAGCCAGGAACAAGGAGAUGUGCAGCCUCCAUAUCCACGCCUCCUACAGCAUCUCUCAGAAACUCAACGUUCCCAUGCUGCCCCUGUCCGAGCCCAACGCUGUGGGCCUGAUCAUCGCUCACGGCAGCGUGGGGGAUGCGAUCUCUGUGAUGACCCCCGAUGUGUACGUGUCCGAUGAUGGGGGGUACUCCUGGAUCAAGGCUCUGGUGGGACCCCAUCACUACGCCAUUCUGGACUCUGGGGGGCUCAUCGUGGCUGUGGAGCACAGCCCCUCCCAGCCCAUCAAACACAUCAAGUUCUCCACAGACGAGGGGCAGUGCUGGUACCGGUAUAACUUCACCACUGACCCGCUGUACUUCACGGGCCUGGCGUCUGAGCCUGGGGCCCGGUCCAUGAACGUCAGCGUGUGGGGGUACCGGGAGACUCUGAUCACACAGUACUGGGUCUCCAUCACCAUCGACUUCAAUGAGCUGCUCACCCGCGACUGUGACGAGAAGGACUACGUCCAGUGGCUGGCUCACUCCAAUGACCUGAGCGACCCCAACGACGGCUGCAUGCUGGGGUACAAGGAGCAGUUCCUGAGGCUCCGCAAGGCUUCCGUCUGCUGGAACGGCAGGGACUACGUUGUGAACAAGCAGCCCAGCACCUGCCCCUGCACCCUGGACGACUUCCUCUGUGACUUUGGAUACUUCCGUCCGGAAAACCGCUCGGAAUGCCUGGAGCAGCCGGAUCUUAAAGGUCACGACCUGGAAUUCUGCCUACACGGGACGGAGGAGCUUCUCCAGACCAGCGGCUACCGUAAGAUUCCGGGGGACAGGUGUGAAAGCGGGACGCAGCCGGAGAGGAAGGUGAUCGAUCUCCGUAAGAAGUGUGUGAGCAACCUGCUGGACCCUGCGCAGCUGGCUACCACACCCUCCACCAGUCCUGCCCCGAUUGUGGCUGCAGUAAUCGGGGUGCUGGCGAUAACGAUCAUAGCUGGGGUCCUCCUUGUGAAGAAAUACGUCUGCGGUGGGAGGUUCCUGGUGCACCGGUACUCCGUCCUGCAGCAGCACGCAGAGGCCAAUGGGAUCGACGGGGUGGAUGAGCUGGAGACUAACUCCGCCCACUCCAGCAAACGCGACUAUCACGAUGACUCGGACGAGGAUCUCCUCGAGUGAGAGAGCAGAUGAAGACCCCCCCCCCCCCCCCCCAGCCACUGUGAGUGCGCCCCCCCAGCCUGCCCAGCCCUGCAGAAUGCACCCCCGCCCCCGUUUCCUGGAAAUACAAAGCAGAACAAAACCGUUCAUACAAACUUCAACAAUUCAACUGAACAUUUAAAUACACUGCAAUCUGCAGACCAUGUGGCAAACACUAUGUUUUAUGUUAGCACAGAGAGAAUUCAAAAUCAGCAAUAUAUACAGCUAUUUUCUUAAACUUUUUUUUUUAAUAAA